GUUGGUGUAUAUACAAAGUAAACAAAAAUCUUGGAGAAGUUUCAAAGAGUUUAUUCUUGAAAAAGGAAUUUCAAGCCUUCAUAAAAAUCUUAAAGCCAUGAAAAAUAAUUCAAAAAGAGUAGAAAAUAAUCUAGCAAUAAUAAAAAAAUUUAAUUUAUCAAAGGAUCCAAAACUUGAAUUAAACCAGCUUCAAAUAUGGACACAUUUGGAGAAUGCUGAGAAAGAAUUUUCUAAAAUAUUUUUAGUAAAUGUUAUUAUAUCCGUAACUUCAGAAACCUCCGAAAAAGGCAAGCAAGAUGAAACAACCGAAACAGAAGGAGCAGAAGAACCGCUGGUUUUGCCAAAUAAUUUGGAAAAGAUUCUUAAUAAUUUAAGCCAAGAGCAACGACAAUUUUAUGAUGAAUUACCUAAGAAAUCAAAACCUCAAUUUUUGGUGACGAUUUUAGAAGAAAAGAAAAAGGCUUCAGAGGCAGUUUCAGAAGCAGUUUCCGUAGUAAAGAAAAAAGGGGUAUGUAUUUUAUGUUGA